UUGAAAUGUCUUCAACAAACAAAGUGCGUGGGAUACAAUUACAGGCAAAUAACAGAAAAAACUGAAACUAAUUGUCAACUGAGCAACCAAACUGAAGAAACUGGCGUUAAAAAAGUGGGGAAUAGAGAUGGCAAUUGGAUGUUCUUCCAAGAUAUAGAAGAUCGUUAUAAUAACCUGGACGAGAAGAAAUGGACUCUCAUUGCGCGCUUCUCGAGCAGUGACUCUAAAUUUUGGAUUAAGGAUGGUUCCUUCUGGUAUGAUAGAGUCACGCCGUAUGGAAAUGUUAAUGAUCCAGUGAACAACUUAACUAUGAUUUCGACCGCUUUCUGGGAGUUGAAAGGACAUGAAAUGAAAAUUACAAGAAGCGAUGAUUCCAGUCAUACGGCGUUAUUACAGACCACUUCAAAUUGUCUUCAAGGUAUGACAUUCCGAUCCAAAAUAACAAGUUAUGGAGAUUUUCGUAACGUUAAAGCUUGGGCGGCCGACAAAUGCCUGGGGAGAUGUUCGGUUAUUUACGGAGGUCAGUACAGAACAACAGCCGGUUUUAAAGAGCACAGCUGCAGUAGCGAUAUACAGAGCAGCAGCUACAUUGGAUUUUGGUGUGAUUGGAAAUCAGGUGAUGGUGCUGUAAUGAUGAUUGGUGGAGGAGGAAGUGGUUGUAAUAGAGCAGAUCAUGGUAUUGGAAUAACUGAGAAAAAUUAUGCAAGUUUUGGCGCGUCAGAGGGUUAUAAUUUCGGAGAUGACGCCAAUGGUUUCCAACCUACAACAUAUGCACUGAACCUGUGGGUUCGAUGAAACAACAUUCCUUGUACUUUUCACAAUUAGGGAGAUGUGGGUAGAUUAGAAGUCGUAUAUUCAUAAUUUUUUCG